UGCUGGUAAUUGACCGGAUCUAGAGGUUGUUGGGGGUGCUUCCAAAAACAAACAUCCCCCACCACCCCAAAUUUAGCUUUGAAUCGAAGCUAACAGAUCUGUCAAUAGUUGUUGUCCUGCUUUAGGAUAAACAUUAAACACAACAAAAUGACCAUCUCGUAUUUUUAAAUGUUCAUGAUGGCAUCUUAGCAAGCAAAUAAAUAAAUUCUUCGUGAAGGCAGCAAGGGUUGUGCCCGAGUUUUUAUAAACCAAGUCGAUUGACACCAACAUCACCAUUAUUACUGAAAAAUGAAAUUCUUUGAUUGCUUUUUUACGUUCCACCACAAAGUUGUUUGCUAGCGGUGGAUACAAGGUUAGAUUUACAGUGGUGACAGUGAUUGCCGUUGCUGAUAAUAUCAAAAACGGUAGGCUGCCAUGCAAGGUGGGACUCCGACGACAAGGAAGGUCAUGGUGAUAGCAGAGCCAACCCGAGAGUCAGCGAUCGCACUACAAUACACUCUAUCCCAUGCAAUAUUUGAGCAAGAUGAAUUGAUUCUCCUCCACGUUGGGAAGUACCCAAGCUCGAGGCGAAACACAUUCUCUACAUUCAUGAGGAGGCCUAAGGUAGGCUCCUCUUCCGCCAUUGCAUGCUCAGAUGUAGGUGGAGGGAACGUGGAUUUUCUCGAAGAAAUGAAGCAUGCAUGCAAGGUUGCUCAGCCGAAGCUUCUUGUAAGUGUAAAGAGGGUGGAAAUGGAGGGCAAAGAUAAGGCGGGGGUUAUUCUUUUCCUAAGCAAGAUGCUCAACAUUGAUCUCAUAUUUAUAGGGCAGCGUCGGAGUCUCUCUUCAUCAAUUUUAGGAUGUAGGCGGCCUGGAGGGUCUAUGAGAGGAGUGGAAGACACAGCAGAGUAUUUGAUUGAGAAUAGCAACUGCAACUGUGUUGGAGUUCAAAAAAAGGGCCAAAAUGCAGGCUAUCUUCUCAAUACAAAAACCCACAAGAAUUUUUGGCUCUUGGCAUAAGCACUCAAACCGCUCAUCAGUGUGGUGUUCGUAAAUUGGUUGAAUGCCAGAUCAAGGGUGCUUUACAAUUAUUAAGACAUCUUUGUAUCUCUUAGCUAAAAGUGAACCAUAUGUACGAUUUUCUUCACACCUACUGCACAGAGAUUGUAAAUAAUUUGUA